AUGAAGCCUUUACCAUUUGGUUUUGUUUUUUCACAUGACCUCCUGUCAAGGUACACAAACGAUGGUGAACAGAGCAAGAGGUUCAAGACACAUAACUUUGACAGCUCUUUGUUACAUCUGAAGACCAUCAAGGUCAUUAACUUUGAUGGAUCACUAAGUGGAAACAAGUUUGCACUGCCAUUGGUGGAAUAUUUGCUCAAGAAUGCAACAGUGCUAGAAAAGUUCGUCAUUGCUGCCAAGUUUGAAGGGAGUGAUGUAUAUCAGGAUUGUGUUAAAAUGGAGUUGUUAGUACUUGUUCCUUUCGUUGCUCUCUCCCACGCUAUUUAUUCUCUAAAUAAAGAACGAAUUCUAUGGAGGUUGCUUCCUCCAGGAGUUCUCCUCACUGGGGAAGGUGCUGACUUUGAUUACUCAAUAGCAUUACAGUAUACUGGUCAUCCAGUGUAUGAUGAUGGUCGUUACGAGGAAGAAGCACAAAAGAAUGUUAGGGGUGACACAUGGGAAAGGCAUCAACGAGGUCUACUGUUCUCACUGUUAUCAUUGCCGGUACCUCAGGCCAUUCCCAUGGACAGAGGGAUGAACUCAGCAAUUAUACCAAAUUAUUUAGAGCAAAAAAUGGUGCAGAAGCUACUUUUACUUGGACUCAGAAGUUCUGGAACAAACACUUUCAAACUGAGGGUCUCUUGGAAACAACCUCUUUCUCAUGAACGAGCUUAUUAUCUAAAUGAUGGAGGUUUCUUUGGAUGUCUGUUCCGGUAUCACUCAAUUUCAUCCUCCCUUUUUACCCAAACCGAAAAGGAAAUUCAUGAUUUCGUGACUUCCACCCAUAAAGAGCUUCAUUAUUGGAGGUCUUGCCACAAAAUCGGAAAAUUCAGCGUCUUUUUAGAUAUUCGCGAGGAUCAAUUUCUUAGAGAUGUCGAUUUAUGGGUAUAUUUUGCCACUAAACUUGCUAAUGUUGAAGAUUUUACACUUGGACUUUUCUGUAUAAAUGACCAAAUAUAUGAGUUUCCUCAGUUUGCAUAUAAGAAUACCUCCUUGAGAAAUUUGGUUUUACGGCACUGCCAAUUGAACCCUUCUGGUAGUAUUAAUUGGAGAAAUCUCGUUUCUCUUUCAAUUAUGCGCCUGAAUUUGACGGAGGGUGUCAUGGAAAAGGUAUUAUCUGGUUGCCCUAACUUGGAGUGCUUGCAGUUGGACUAUUUUUGGGGCAUUCAUCAUCUGGAAAUCAGCAAUGUGAAGUUGAGAAAAUUGAUAUUAAUCAACUAUGAAACUGAUGGAAGUGACGUUUGGCUUGAAAUAUUAGCCCCAUAUAUUCAGAGUUUGCAACUUAUGGGGUCAUGCAGUGAGAUACGCUUGAGAAAUGUGGCUUCACUUAUCACUUCAGUCCUUUUCUUAGAUUUUGAUUAUGGAGAUGGGGACGAAUGGCAGAAGGAGUCUAGCUGUUUGAAGCAACUUCUUCACAGCAUUGCCCGUGUUGAGAAUCUUGAAUUAGGUCCCUGGUGCAUUGAGUGCAUGUCCAUAGUGGAAUUGAAAGGAUGGAAGCCUCCACCAUCAAGCCGGAAAUCCUUACAACUUAACAGAAACUUCGAACAAUUGGACUUGCCUGGAAUUUGCAGAUUUCUACAGAGUUCACCGAAUCUUGAGACAUUGGUCAUUGACGGGUUCAAUCGUGACACAAGAGACUUGGUGUCAAAGUACACAAAUGAGGAUGAACGAAGCAGGAGGUUUGAGACACAUAAUUUUAACUGCUCAUUGCUACAUCUGAAGACCAUUAAGAUCAUUUCUUUUUAUGGACCACUAAGGAAAAAUAAGUCAGUACUGUCAUCGGUAAAAUAUUUGCUCAAGCAUGCAACCGUGCUAGAAAAGCUCGUCAUUGCUGCCAGAUACAAAGGGACUGUUACAUCUCAGGAUUAUGUUAAAAUGGAACUGCAGUUCCCAAGAUUUCCAAGAUCCUCCCCACACGCUUCAUUUAUCUUUUCUUAUUGAUAACCUUUGGCCCCUAACAUUUGUAUUGAUUGCAACAUACUGAACAUCGGUUGCUUUAUGGUUAAAACUGGUUUGUAGCUUAUAGACAAGGUUAGGGUAUCUUUUCUAGAUUUUUUGUCAGCAUAACAUGACAUCGUGGACUCAAAGUGCCCUUGUAAGCUUCUCUCUAUUUCACUUUGUCUGUAUUCUUUUAAAUCAGUUUUUGGUAAAUUUGUUAGCUUUCUGUUAAUUCACUUGUCUAUAUACAAGAUGUUAAUUCAAGAACAUCUUCUUUAUCUCAUUUAUGCACGUUAAUUUGAUUAUGGAAUGGGUCGUAUCUGGUUAACUUGACUUGUCUUUUAUUUUGCAAUCAUUUUCUCUUGGGACUUCUGGGCUCUUUUCAUAAUUUGUUCUGGAAUUUUGAGAUAUUUACCUUUUUGGGUUGACUAAUUCUUGGCAUGUAUCCUCUAAAUUUAGUUUGAUAUAGUCUGAAACUGUGAUAUUAUUUUGCGCUGGGAUUUUUUACUUUGUUCCGAAAUCAGUAGAAUAUGCUCCCUCCUUUUCAUUUUGUAUGACUCUUUUCUUUUUGGUCGAUUAAAAAAGAUCAACACCUUCUUUAUAUUGGAAACUAUUUAAUUCUUACAUUCUAUUUUACACUUAAUGGCACUCUCUUAUAUAUAAGACAUGACAUGCUUAUAACCAUAAGAUUUUAGGAGCACCCUUUGAUAUGUUAUACAACAAUAACAACAUAACCAGUGGAAUCCCACAAGUGGGGUCUGGGGACUUUUUGAUAUGUUACACAUAUUUG